AUGGGCGGAAACAAAGCAGCAGUCUACAACAAGCCAGGCGAGAUUGGCAUCGAAGUCAGGGAUCUCGAGAUCCCAGAGCCAGGGCCAGGACAGGUUCUCAUCAAGUACAGCCACUCGGGUGUCUGCCACUCGGACCUCUCCCUCAUGUGCCACCAUUGGCCCAUGUUUGCUCCUGCAAUCUACGAGGGUCGCGUCGGUGGCCACGAAGGUGUUGGUAAAGUUGUUAAGCUCGGUGCCGGCGUGACUCAAGUCAAAGAGGGUGAUAUCGUGGGCAGCAAGUGGAUCUCCUCGUGCUGCGAGUCUUGCGAGCUUUGCUUGUCUGGCCGUGAUGCGUUCUGUACGAGUGCUGCAGUCAAUGGUGGUACCGUGGAUGGCACGUUCCAGCAGUACGCUGUGCAACCUGCAUCCUACGUGACUCCAAUCCCAGCAAGUCUGGCCCCUGAAGAUGCUUGUGUGCUGCUCUGCGGUGGUGUCACCAUCUACAAAGCAUUGAAGGUUGCGGGACUGCAAGCCGGCCAGUGGGUUGCGAUUGCUGGCGGUGGCGGUGGUCUCGGCUCCCUAGGUAUCCAAUACGCCAAGUCGAUGGGAUUCCGCGUCAUUGCCAUCGAUGCCACGGACAAGGCCAAGCUCUGCAAGGACCUUGGUGCUGAGGUGUUCAUUGACUUUACCAAGGAGAAUGUCACGGAAGCUGCACAGGCUGCCACGGACGGUCUGGGUCCUCACGCAUUCAUUGUGGCAUCCGCUGCUCGACAGUCAUACAAGUCUGCCAUGUCGCUCCCACGAACGGGCGGCACAGUUGUCUGUGUCGGUAUUCCAGGCCCCGACACGCCAAUCGAUGUUGAGGUGGAAGGCAUCAUCUACAAGGACCUGCGCCUCCGCGGAUCUGCUGUGGGCACGCGUCUGGAUGCUAUCGAGGCCCUUGCAUUCUGUGCCCGCGGUCAAGUGAAGCCUACAGUCACGGUUCAGCCACUCGAUAAGCUUCAGGAGUGCUUCACCAAGAUGGCAGCUGGCCAGGUACAGGGCCGCUUUGUUGUGGAAAUUCCUGCAUAG